UAGUUGUGCAAACAAUAAUUCAGCGCUGUCCAUCAGUCGCCCCAUGACAUUGAUCCGGGAUUUUCGGGUGGAGAGAUUUAUGAGGUUCAGACCACACAGUUGAAAGCACAAGAACAACUUUCUGCCUAACUUUAAAUGUGCCAUAUCAGUUGCCUUCUAUUCGAAAGAAGUGAACCAAAAACGCUCAAAGUCACUAAUGCAUGGAGAGGAAUUUUGAAUAUUUUACAACGUGUGCAAUGGCCCAGGCUGAAUCGAGACAGAUACUUCGAACAGAUGGAGGAAUAGAUGAUGUGGAGAAAUCGCUGGAACUGCUCGAUAAGGUGUUAUCGGAGUUUGAAGAGCCAGAAUCUCUGCCUCCACCAGUUGAGCCUGAGAGUCCUUCGCAGGGCCAUCAAUCUGAAGACGAUGGCUACAUGAGUAUGAAUGGUCGACGGGCAAAAUUCUCGCCGGGCUUCCAACCGACAGAUGAAGGACUUCCACAUGGCACAAAUUCUAGUGAUGAAAGACCACCACCUCCGGAGGAAGCCGAACGGAUCAUCUCGGAUAUUUUACCAAGAAUCUCGCCAACGACUAGUCCACUUUCGAAUCAGACCAAGGACCAACUUGAUGGUAUCUUUGCACGAAUGAGAAAAAUUGAAAAGACGCCAACGGACACGGAAAUUGGUGAAAAAGCAACAACAAGAAUUGAAAGCGGAAAUCAUGCGCAGCAGACUACAUUGCCAAAGGCACGUCCUGUGACCGUUGCCACGAGUCGAUAUGGAAGUUUACCCAAUUCUAGUCCACCACGUGAAUUUGGCAUGGGUCGAAUGAAGGACCAAGCAGUAGAGGCUUUUGUAGACAAGUGUGGGGAUGGGAAGACAAUUUUGGGAAUUGGAAUAAGUGCGGUACACGAUGCCGUCUUACGUGGAGUUGGUGUGGGAAAAAUUCCAGAGCCAAUUGUGAAUGAGCAUCCUGUUACGAUUUAUCCGGGACGUGCCUCUUCACCGCGUCGUGUAUCACGCAAUACAUCAUCGUCAGUGGAGAGACAUCGUGACAUUUGCAAGAAUUCAUCCCAUUUGGAGUAUGAUCAACAGGAUUCGGCGACAUCGGCAUCGUCGGCAUCAUCGGAUGAGAGCAAUCAUCUCAAUCCCCCUCUAGCUAUUAUAAGCAAUUCUCCGUCCGCCCAGCAAUUGCUGCAGCAGCAGGAGCUCCUCUCAAAGUCACCCCCAUCCUCUAUUAUAAUGCAGAAGAAUAUCAACAAUUUGAAUCGUAUCAAAGUACGACAUGGCCAUAAUAAGAAUAAUUCCAUCAAUUUCGAUGGUAUAGCCGGUGUGGGAACUCGUACCAGUGACAGUGAUGACUUCUCAGAUGAUUCCCUCGAGGAGACAUCAUUGCCACCACCACCACCGCCCCCGGUGGUACCACCACCACCUACCCUUUCGGCACCAGUUACACCCAGCAAGAGGGGCAGCAUUGCUUGGGAGAUUAAUUUGGAUGACUCUGUGAGUGGAACGGAUGAACCUCCCAAGGCAGCCAGAUCGCACGAGUCCAUCAAUGCAAAGUUCCCAGGACGUCGUCCUAAACGAAGUACUUCUGGUUCACAAUCUAGUCUGGCAUCAACUCCUGGUCAUAGUGGUACAAGCAAUAAACGAACUGGAUCUGCCGAAUGGCCAGAUCCACCUGAGGCACCAAUUUGUAGUACAGAAGAUGAAGCGGCGUCUAUUUAUUCGGAUUCUGAUGAGGUCAUUCCAUAUCCCACGAGCUUCCUCGGGCAGGGAACAUAUGUUAUUCGUAAGGGCAGAAAGCAGCGUCAACGAGUGCCGAAUAUGGAGGCAGUGUCAUCAGUUAACACAAGUCGAUAUGGACGAGAGAGUGGUGGAAAUAUUGAGUUACCAAGUCCUGUGUAUCCUGCUUCAAUGCUUAUUCCCAAUUCGAGGCAUAGCAUAGAUUUGGGAUCACCACCUCCACCACCUCCGCCCAUCAUGAAUUCACUAUGUUCACCAAGAUCACGUUUAUCACUAGACUUAAGUUCACCUACCUCAGAGCUUCCUGCAUCAGCAUCAGUCACAAAUAACAGCACUGUAAUCUCACCACGAUAUUCUGAAUUCAAAACAUACAGUUCCACUUUCGAUGGACUCCAGGCACUUGAUGCUAGCAAUAGUGGACAGGCAGUUUCUAGUGGCUAUAGCAAUGGAUAUUCUCUAACUCGUGUGGCAUCGUUACCGGCAAUUACACCACCACAUUCUGGUGGAGAAAAUCUUUCAACCCCACGCCGAGAACUCGCACCACCCAUCGAAGAAGAUGAGGAACAAGACAGUGAAUCUCAGCGUGGUGCCCCAUUGCGUCAGAUUGAAAAUAAUAUCAGUGCACUGCUGCGUGGAGAUAUUCCAGUGGCUCGUGUGGCUGAUAUUCCCAUGAUCCGACGACCACUGGGUUUCCGACCCGGUGUCCAUAAGUCGGAGAGUGCCAAAGAGAUGCUCCUGUCACAGUCGGUCUUUGGACCACUGCCACCAUCACCGCCAAGUUCUAGUCCCGAAAUGGAAAGUGACGGUUUUCCGCCACUUCCGCCGUCACCGCGACAUGUGGAGCCCAAAGAUGAGUACCUUGAUAUGAAGCGAACACCCAGGCUACCGCCAAAGCACACGGACAGCUACUACCAGGAACACGAUGAGGAUCAACCACCGGCUGUUCCGCCACAUCGUGGCCCAUCGCUCAAUACCCUUAAAACUCGCUCGAUGGAUGCCGGCUUCAGCAAAUCCUAUCGCAAUGGCAGCUAUUCCUCCACUUCACCACAUGGUCCGGGCACCCUUCCGGCUGAGCUGGCGGGGGUGGGGACUGGGUGUGGCGGAGGGGCUGGCAGUGGAAUUGGCUCGAGACGACGUUUUAUGUCGGGUGCAUUUCCCAAAAGAUCCGGACAGAGUCCACGCGAGGAGCGACGCCUUCAGACAUCGUGUAGCUUGCCAGAAACACCCAUAUUUGCCAGAGGGUGUGAUAUUCCCCGAACUCCUCAUCGUCGUGCACCUGAUUUACCCAAUUCUGGUACAGGAAGUCGAACAGCACCACGUUCUGGAAACAAUUCCACCCAUUCAACAUCAAUGAGCACUUCCAUUGUGGGAAUUGGAAAUCCUGUAGGUGGUCGUCAGAGGAAUAUCAAUCACGUGCUAGCGAGUGGUGAGAUGCUGCGUCUGGCGGGUGGUCCAGCCCGUGGAUGGUAUCCGAAGCAGAGACAUCGUCCGGCCUCCACUGAGAAUCUCGACAGGCUGCAUCAUCAGGCUCAGGGAUCAUUUAGAGCAUGGGAUGCUGGUACGAGUAGCCGAAAACCGCUCACUCUGCCGCCAAACCUCACACCCAAAUUUUUCAACAAGUCGCCACGUGAGGCUUUGCGACGUGUCACUAGUUUACUCAUUCGCAAAGGCAACAAUUCUAAAGAAGCAAAACGUGAUAGCCAACGAGAAAGGGAUUUGCACUUGACACAGUCGCAUUACAAUCCUUCUGGUGUAUUAGCUGAAGAAGCCCCGAAGAAUCCGACAACACAGAAAAAGAAGGGUUUCUUCAAGAGUUUCUGGAAAAAGUCAAAGCACUACUCAUUGGAACAAUAAUUUUCCUAUUUUCUCACAAUUUCAUCUGGCAUUGUCCUCUGGAUACAAUAAUGGGGAGAAAAAAAGGUGGAAAAGGGAGAGAAAGAGAGAAGGAAGAGGAAGGACCUAUGGGCGGAAAGAUGGAGGAGGAAGUACAGGAGUUGGACAGGAAGCACACAAAAAGGAUGAAAAUGUAAUUAUUAGAAUACAACACACAUAGAAUUUUUCCACAAUUUGCUGUUUAGUCAUUCGACCGGAAAAAAAGGAUGAGAUGAGAUGAGGAAGGCAAUAUCUUUUACACCCUCUUAUGAAAGUAGCGGAAAAGAUAAAGAAUAGAAUUUGAGAAUGGUGUUGUGUAUAGAAAAGUUGUAAGUGUGAUUAACACAUUUGUGCAAUUUUUUUUUCAGUUGAAUUUUUCAGCGUUUCCUUUUGAGACAGAAUCUCUUUUUUUUCUUUACUUUUAUCACUCCGUGCCAUGUGUUUUCUCUGAUUUAUAGCAAUAGUCUCCCGAUUAGGAAUUUAAAAAAAAAAUAUGAGAUAUUUCAGAGAUUUAUUGCUCAAAGACCAUUUUUUUCUCAAUUUCAUGCAAAUUUCAAUGUGAUUUGGUUUAUUUUUCUUAGGAAGAAAAAGUAACUUUUAAAAUAACUGCCAUUUAAUAGAAUAUCGAAUGAAAAGUGACAGAUUACAUUUUAGAUAUUUCUAAAUAGUAAAUUUUUAGAACCUUUCCAGUGACACAACAAUUGAAUCAUAAAAUGAAGCAAAAGAAAAAUAAAGAAUUUCGCACAAAAUGUGCUCUGAUUAUAAUAGAAAAAAAAAGUAAUGGCCUAGUAAACUCAAAAUAGUGAACAAGAAGAAAAUAGGGAGAAGCAGAAGAAAACACGUAAUAUUUCUACAUAAUAAAAACCUAUAUAUAAAUAAACUGAUAAUAAAAUAUUUGUAUAUAAAACUAUCAUCAAUUGUUAGCAAAAAAGAAACUCCAUUUUUCUAUUGUAAUGAUACCAUUCUCUCCAAAAAAUGAAAAAAAUAAGAGAGAUAAGCAUAUUUCACACUUAAACUUCAACUUAACAUGAAAAAAAAACAUUUUAAUAUUUACGAGAAGAAAAAACUCCAGUAGAAUCAUAAAGAAAAAAAUUCUCUCUUUAUAUCUCAAAAAAAAAAGAUCUAAAGAAGUCACUGAUGAGAUAGAAAGAAAGAAUUUCAAAAAAAAAACACUGAUAGCAUACAAUAAAAUAUUUUUAUAGAAUAAACAAAAAAACUAGAGAUACAAAAAAAAGAAGUAUUUCAUGAUGAAACGAUACAAAGAAAUAGGAAAAGAAACGCAUCAAUUUUUUUCUUCUGUUAUUAUACACUGUCAAAUAAAGAAAAUAAUCUUAAAACAAGAGAAAAAUCAUAGAAAAUAUUUAUAUUGAACAAGAUGAUGGAUUUUUGAGAAUUUUCAAGAGCAUUGAACGCAUUGAGAAAAACAAAACAAAGAAUUGAAAAUUUUGCUACAAGAGAAAAAAAAGCACAAAUUUUGUUUACAAUCCCCGAUCAUCCUCGACCCAAUUUCCAAAAAAAAAAUCUCCGAAGGAUUCCUUUGCAAUGAAGGAGUCGCAGUAUAAAUGAAGUAUUGUACAAUUUUGGGGAAUUGUUCAAUAAAUGGGGUAACAGUGCAGGAUCGAUGAAUUGAAAGCAGUAGUUGAAGUCUUUUGUAUCUUCCGGAAUUCCGACGCGAAAGUGGUUUCACAGAUUUCACCCAAAUAGAGACAGGAAAAAAUUCCUGCUUCCAUCCAAGCUUGAACUGGGGGCCUUUCGCUAUCUAGGCGAAUUCUCUACCAACUGAGCUAUGGGGGCACUGGCUCUGAUUGUCUUUGUCACUGAUCUUAACCAAUUGCCGUGAGCACUUCAACUAGUUUUUGACUCACUACACUGAGAAAAAAGAGGGUGCGAUUAACAUUUUUCCCUCAGAAAUUUAACACCUUUUAGGUGUAAAAAUAUAUCAACAUUGUUUAAUGUUAAUUUUACAUCUUAUUAAGGGUAAAAUUAACAUUUCCGGAAUUUUAUUUUAACUUUUGGAUUUCUCUCAGUGUACGAGCCUUGAGAAACGGUAUCAUGCUUACAAUUGAACCAGCAGCCCUUUUUUUCCAUGGAGAAUUAACUUCGUGCGAUCCUAAACUUCGUAUAGUAAAAUGGUGUAAUUCGGUAUCAUGUCUAUUUUGGAAUUUUGAGAUUUUCUCACUGUUUCCGAUGAUCAAAGAGAAAAAGAAAACCACGAAGAAGUAUGAGACUUUACAUUCGAGAGUACUUCUUCGUUGUUUUUUUUUUCCUUUUUCCAACUAAAACUCUUAGGAAAUCUCACUGUUCCAAAUUAGACAUGAUUCCAAAUUACCCCAUCUUACACUACACUGAGAAAAAAAAGGGUGCGAUUAACUUUUAAGAGCGUUAAGAGCGAGGGAAAACGUAUAUUUUAUAUUUCACAGAUACUGAGAAUAAUAUUAAUAAUAAUAAAGAUUUCUUCAUGAUCCUGUUACAGUACAACAAAUUAUGGGGAAACAUAAAAAAAAAACCUAAGAAAUUUUGUAAUUAACACAUUUUUCAAGGUAAUUUAUUGCUUUGCAACUUUUCCGAAGAUCAAUUUUUCUGUGUCUGAAGAAAUUGAUUUUUAAGUUAAUUUCUGAAAUAAUAUUAUUUAAUGGAAAUGUUCAGAAAUACUGGGAAAAAUACGGGCAAGCUUUAACUACUUUGGGACAUAAAUGAAAAGCCGUAAAUGAAAGCCAGUGGAAAACUCGAACGAUAUUUAUACAUUAAAUAAUGCAAAUUUCGUUUAAUCGUUUUUAAACUGUAUAUAACAUAUUAUCGUUAUUAAUAAGGAAAAUUGAAUACCUAAAAAACUUUAAAGUAAAUUUUCUCGGAAACUAUAAGGGAUAGAGGCCUCAAACUUGACAUCACAUUAGAGUUUCGUUAAAGUUUAAGAAGUGCGAAUUCCGCGAAAAAUUUCGCGACCCGUGUAAAUCCGCGCAAAAUUUCGCGACUUGCGAAAAUCCUCGAAAAAUUUCGCGGUUCGUGAAAAUCCGCAAAAAAAUUCGCGACUUGCGAAAAUCCGUGAAAAAUUUUGCGACCCGUGUAAAUCCGCGGAAAAUUUCGCGACUUGCGAAAAUCGUCGAAAAAUUUCGCUACCUGUCUAAAUCCGCGAAAAAUAUUGCUACCCGCGAAAAUCCACGAAAAAAUCGCAAUCCGCGAAAAUACGAGAAAAAUUUCGCGGUUAGUGAAAAUCCGCGAAAAGUUUUGCGACUCGUGUAAAUCCGCAAAAAAUCGCGACUCAUCAAUAUCCGCGAAAAAUUUCACGACCCGCGAAAGACCGCAAAAAUUUCGCGACCGGGGAAAAUCCGCGAAAAAUUUUGCGACCCGCGAAAUAUCACGCUGCUUCUCCUGCUUUUUUCCCCAAAUUUUGAAAAUUUGAAAUUUUUAGUAAAUAUUUAUACACACUUUUAAAUAUAAUUUUUUAUUCCAACAAUAUUUUUAAAUGGCAGACUAAUGAAUAAUUCACCGAAGGGCCUCGUCGCGGCUCUCCCUGAUUUGCGGGAAAAUUGCAGCUCGUAGUUCUUAUCUGAGAAAAAAAAUCUUAAAAAAUCAAUUUUAAUUAGUGUAUUUCAUUAUUAAAUUAAGAAAACCUUAUUAAAAUCCUGAAAACCUCAAUCUCCGGUUGAGGCUUUUUUUCUGUACCGAUUCGAAGAUCAGAGAGAACUUACCUAAAAAUCCGUUGGAUGUUCGAAAGUUUAGAACAAGUUACACAAAAUUGAGCAAGUUCAUGAAAAGAACAUUUAAUUUUAAUGAAAUUGCAGUUCAAACUUCCUGCCAUCCUGAAAUUCCACAAAACUACAUAAAAAUUCACUUUUGUUGACUGUUGUUGACAUUAUUGACGAUUGAAAUGUUAAGAAUACCGAAAUUCGAAAUGCAAGAACGGGAAGAACAGUCAGCGCUAAAGCCGUGAGUACGUGAACUUGCACUUUAGGCUUCCGGUAGAUUUUCGAAUAGCUUUGGCUCGGCUUUGGAGUGGCUUUAUCUCUUCGAAAGGUUAUUACUGAAUUGACCCAAGUUGUUUUAUUUCAAAUAGAAGAUAAUUUAAUUCCAAAAAUAAUAAGCCUUAAUACAUUAAAAUCGGUACUUAAGUUUUUUCCUAAUCUUUCCCGCUAAUUCGAAGAAAUUGUGAAAAUAAGAAGUGAAGAAAACGCGUUUCGAAGUUUUGGAUGUGCGUCAAAAAGUUUGCAAAUUCGUUCAGCGCUCUUUGUUUUCGUCCAUGUAUCUUCGAAAAUAUUUCGAACUGACUUCUGACAUUUUCAAGGUAUAUUUUUAGAUAGUUUAUCUAUCUAUUUAGGCCAUAAAAAAUAUAAAGCGCUUUUGACCUUACAAUUAGUGGAACCCUCUUAAGUAUUAUUUUAGAAAAAAUUUUGCUCAGGAAAUCUAAAAUCAAUUCCUUCGAACAAAGUGGUAUAAAGUAGCUUCUGGAAUUGUAAAGGAGAUUUAUCUUCUUUUUUUAGAAAAAUUCAGCGAUCCUGCACUGUUUCCACGACAGAGGAAAAUAAAUCAAAGAACAAUUUUCUAUAUUUAUCCCAUUUCUCUCUGGUGUUCCCAUUUAUCACCCACUUAACGGUUAAAAUGUUCUCUCAUAUAUUGUUUACGCGAGAAAUCAUGCAAAAUAUUUCAAUUAUUUUAACAACAUACAACAUACAACAUGCUUAAACUGUUUUCCAAUAAAUAUCAAAGAGAAAAUUUUUCAGGAUAUUAAAAAAAAUGAGCACAGUAUUGAAAGAAAAAAAAAAUAGAAUUUGUAGGUCAUUUUGAUGGAAGAAAAGAAAGAAAAAAAUAAGUAUUAGAAGUCAGUUUUGUUAACAAUGAAUGUAAUAACAAAAAAGUGCCCCAAUCACACAACAUGUAUUACAAUUAUUAGUAUUUAACAAAAAAAAAGAAGUGAAGAUGUGAAGAGUAUCCUUUUUGACAAAGUGAAAAAAAAAUGUGUAGGAAAUGAGAGAAAAGAAUGAGGCUAAGAAAGUUUAUAGGAAUUCCCAAAAGGAAAGUAAAUGGUAUAUGGCAAAAAAAACAACCACUCAAAGACUAUUUCAAUACUCAAAUUUACCUUUAUAUGAAGAAAAAAAAACAAGAAAAAAAGAUUGAAGAUAAGGAAUCUCAAUACCAAGAGAUUAGGAUGAAAUAACACGAAAAGAAACCAAGCGCACGCCACAUUGUAGUGUUGACAUCAAUAAAAAUGAAACUCAUGAAUUAUAAAA